CGCACUUCCUGGUUACGGUGAAGCUAAGCUAGUGGCUACGUCGCUGCUCUCGGUGUGUGUUCGUCCUCCGGUCCGCGGGGCUCCCUCCUCGGUCGGUCGGUCGGUCGGUCUCCCUCCCCGGCGGCUUCCACUCACUGACAGCCGGACAAACUCUCCCUCGGGUCGGACGUUUCGCGGUGAAAUCCUCCGGGAUGUCUUUCCUGGAGAAGCCGUCCCCCGGCAGGCUGCUGCUGGACGACACCGUCCCGCUGACGGCGGUGAUCGAAGCGAGCCAGAACCUGCAGUCCCACACGGAGUACAUCGUCCGAGUCCAGAGGGGCGUAUCUUCAGAGAAUAGCUGGCAGGUGAUCCGGCGUUACAGCGACUUCGAUGUUCUCAACAGCAGCCUGAUGGUGUGCGGCAUCAGUCUCCCUCUUCCUCCCAAGAAGCUAAUCGGAAACAUGGAUAGGGAGUUCAUAGCAGAGAGGCAGAGAGGACUACAGACCUAUCUGGACUCAAUUACCCAGCAUCCCCUGCUUUCCAGCUCCAUGUUUGUGAAGAAGUUCCUGGACCCCAACAACUACUCCGCCAACUACACAGAGAUCGCCCUGCAGCAGGUCUCCAUGUUCUUCAGGUCGGACCCAAAGUGGGAGGUCCAGGAGCCUCUCAGAGACGUCGGCUGGAGGAUCAGGAAGCAAUAUUUUUUAAUCAAGAACAAAGAGCAGCCCAAGGAGAGGUAUCUGCUGAGCUGGGUGGACCUGGGUCCUGAUAAGUUCCUGUCAGACAAAGACCUGCAGUCAGCCAUGAAGCUGCUGACCAGCCUCUCUACUCCAUAUCUUUGUCCGCUGUUGUUCUCCAGCACCAGUGAGUCUUCAGCUCUCCUCAUCCGACCGUUCAAUGAGAGAGGCUCUCUGAGAGACCACAUCUGUAAGGUAAAGCCCAGAGAGAGUUACCUGAAGAAGUACUGUAACCCGAAGAAGAGUCAGGGCCUCGAACUGCAGCACAUCAAACUCUACGGCCGCCAGAUACUGGAGGGUCUGAAGCUCCUCCACGAUGGCGGCGUAUUUUUCGGUCACCUCCACGCGUCCAACGUAAUUGUGGAUGACGGCGUGUGUCGACUGAUGGACGUAGAGAACGGCAUGCUGGGAGUUCCCUCAGCGCUGCGACCUGCCUUCACCCAGCUCAGGAAGAUCAACUCCACAGAAAGCAUCGACGUCUUCUGCUUUGGACAUUUACUGUACGAGAUGACGUACGGCCGUCCGCCAGACAGCGUCCCCAUCGAUCAAUACCCCGCUGUCCCCUACACCGCUGUGGUGUCAGUGCUGCAGUCCAUCCUGUCCACAGAAGCCUGUAAGAGCGGGAUGCCAACAGUGUCGGAGCUCAUGCAGACACCGCUUUUCAGUGACGUCCAUCUCCAACACUCAGAGAAACUCCAGAUCAAGGUUCCCAGCAGGCUAAAAGAGGCGCUGAAGACGGCAAAGGAGAGUCUGGAGAAGAGGCUGCAGGAGGAGCAGAGAGUGCUCCACCAGCACCGGAGGCUGACCAGAGCUCAGUCGCACCACGGCUCAGAGGAGGAGAAGAAGAGGAGGAAGAUUCUGGCGAGGAAGAAGUCCAGACAGUCGGCUUAUGAAAAUGAAGAAGACGUCUCUGUCAGGAACAACAAUAACUCUGGUUCUGGAGCCAGUUCCCCUCCCACAUGCCCCUCCUCCCCCACCCCUCCAUCCACUACAGGUACGCCUCCCGGACUGCUCCUCCCCCCUCCUCCUCCUCCUCCUCCUCCUCCUCCCCCUCCGAUGCCGGACUCCUCCUCUUCCUCCUGUCCUCCUCCCCCUCCUCCUCUGUCGUCCUCUGACGGAGCGGGAGGAGGUCGCUCCGCCUUGCUGAGCUCCAUUCAGACCUUCAGUAAGGGCAAACUGAAGAAGGCCGAGACCACAGACCACAGCAAACCCAUCAUCUGACCGCCGCCCACCGCCGCCACCACCACCUGUCCUCGCCUGGGGAACUGUCACUACGGCAACAUGACCGACCCACUGGUUCCGCACUGUGGUUCGGACUGGUUUACAUCGUCGCUUCUUGACACGCGAAAAGGAAUCACUAACAAAUAAUCCAAGUACCAUUUUAGUUUUUAUUGCUUUUUCUGCUUUUAAUUUUUUAAAAUCUGUUGCUGUGGUUAGAAAGAGUAGAGGAUGGGCGGGUGGCCGGGGUGGGGGGCGCCUCAGUCUGGACAAUCCUCGGCACCUGAAUGUUUGUCUUCUCCGGCUGCUCUGACACUAGAAGACAGCCACCAGGCUCUGGGUAGAUGGAGUCUGGUGAGCUCCUUUCCUGAUCUUCAGGCUUGUGAAAGUGGCGGUUGAACGUUUUGGAUUAUGAACUUUUGGAGCCACUGUGGACACUCAUCCCCCCGCUGGAUGAUGAAGUUGAAUUUUCUGGAUUCAAACCUUUAACUUCAAUGCUCUGACAGUGUCGUGGCGCUGUAGUGGUCGUAAUCCCGGAGCAGCAGAGAAGUUGCUCCAACUCCAGCUUUUCCCUCUUUUGAAAUCAUCUCUGAACUUUAACAUGUAGCCUCCAGGAUCUAUGGAGACUAUUUCACCGCAGGACGCCGGUUACACAAAAACAAUGAAGCUACACUGCGGGAAAAACACUAUCAUCGAGUCAUUUCUGUCUAUAAUUAAGUCCCAAAAAACACAAUUUAAAAACAAUCUUCCAGUUUAAUAGAAAUAAAUGUCUCAGUUUUCAUUUCAUUUUCUAGAAAUGUGUUUGCAUCUUGAAACGAGAAAUAACGCAGGUUGCUGCACUAAAAGCAAGAAAAAAGGAACUUAAAACAUAUAUACAAUACAUAUUACAUACAUAUAUUUGCAUUGGAAACAGAAAUCCUUCCCAAACUCGUUUCGAGAAAAUAAAUCCCAGACAAAAAUGACUUGAUGAGAAGUUUGUUGCAACGUGUUAACUAACCAUAGUCGAGUUGUGAUUGUGAGACGUCCUGAUUGGUCAGUUGUAGAAUCGUUCUGAAACAACGUAACCGCUGUUUCAGAUCAAAGAGCGAAGAGUUUGCACGAGGUGGGUGAAGAGCAGCACGUAAUCCUGCGAAGCUAAGCAGCUAACCACAAUGCUACAGACCACAUUGGUGCGUGUUUCCAUCCAUCUGGGUUUUUUUGCGCAUAAAAAAAAUCUGAAAGGUAAAAAUUUGCACACUUGGCUGAGCAAGAAAAGUUGGUGUUUAGGUAAAAACAAAGUGCAAUGUAAACACAUAAAACGUCCACUCAAGAGACGACAACACCAAAUGUGUGUGGAGCAGCGAGGAGACGGUAACCUUCCUCGAAUGAAUACAUGAAACAAUCAUUAUUUCCAUCAUGUUUUCCACCCUCUCAGGUUUUUGUCCUCUUGUUAAUCUCAAAGCUCCCAACGGUGGAGGAUAGAAAGGCACAUUCAGUUUUCUUUUGCCAAUUUUCUGCAAAUUUAUUUAAUAUUUGCGCUUCAUUUGGAUUGAAACUGGACUAACGGGAUGUAAACAAUCACAAUAUAUACGUUUGUUUUUGUUUUUUUUUUUUUUGUGGUGUCUUCGUCUUCUCAUCCUGAUUUUCCUGGUAGGACUCGGGAUGUAAGAAAACAGCUGGAAUUGAGGCACAAAAUUACGCAAUUCUUCUCUACAGUGAAAUUCUCGCCAUCAUACUGCAACUUCUGCCUCACGUCAGAAAGAGAAUACCACGUUUGUUUGCUCCAGUUCAGUUCGGUUUAACUUUUGGCUGCUAAACGUGGCAGAAAAAUAAGUGUAGGGCGUGCCACUGUGGGUAGUGCAGCUGCUCUCUUCAUUGGAAAAUAAUGGCCUUGCCUCUACACAAUGUCAAAACUUGCACUUUUGGUGUGAAACCCUGAGAUACUGGUCAGACGGGCCCGUACUGUCCCAGAUCAGAGCAAUGUGGAUCCACAGCGACGAGCUCUGGUUAUAUUUAGGGUCUGAAAUUAAUCUGAAAUUAGUGUUUUGUGGCAGAAGAUUAAAUAAACAUCACUAACAUGUAAGAUUUUGGUGAUUUAGGUCUUUUACAGCAGAAUAAAACCUUAUUGUUCCACAUCAGAUUUCCCUCCUUCCAGGCCGCCGUUGGGUUACAGAGGAAGGAUUACACAGAUUUAAAACUUGCUACAGAGAAAAUCCAUUUUAGUCAGCAUUACCUUAUUAAAGUAGUAGUAAUAGCUUAUAGUGGUAACUUAACGGUGCAUUCAGGGACUCUAUUGAACAAUCGUAAUUGACUGUACAAUCAAAACAGAAACUUUUCAUAAUGAAACGAGUGGCAACAACUUCUCAUUCUCCUGAAUUUGAAUUUACCACAAACAGGACGCACACUUUUAACUGGAGGUUGAAGCUUUGAAUAAUCUUCUUCUUAUCAUAAUUAAUGGUGGUAAAACAGCCAGAACCACAAACACAUGGUGAAAUGAAAUAAAGAAGCAGUUUUCCACCCCCACCAACCAGAUAUUGAAGGCAUCGACCAACACUAGACUCAAAAAGUUGAGAUUUGGAAACAGCCCGACUCUAAUUAGAUGCUGGAGUGUCGAUAAAUCUCUGCCCACAACCGCACAAUCACGGGACAAUAAUUUAAUUUAUAUAAAAUAAAAUAUGACGAUAUAGGCAGAGAAAUUGAUCUCUCUGCCGCAAGUUUCAAACCUUUCAUAGAAACGACCUGAAAUCAUCGGCGGCCUGGAACAUCAGUCGCAUCCUGGUGAUCAGAGAGUUGUUUGCCUUUAACUGCUAAAGACGUACAAGUACAAGCACUGGUGACUUUAAUACCUUCCACAGAGCUCAGUUUACCUUCAUUUGACGGUUAAUUUCAGACCCUUUUUUUGUGUUGAUUCCUUUUAAGUGUUUCUGCUUCUGUUUUAAUUAUGUUGUGUUUUAAUGUUUGUUGUCACAGAGCUGAGAUUCCUUUAUUUUAUUGUGCCAUAUGGAUCCUUGUGCCUAUGGAAAUCUGAAUGUUUUUUUGUUAAAAUAUUGUAUGUUACAAUAAUCUGUAACCACAUCAUCGGUAUGCACAAAACUCUGUCUGAUAGGAGGCUUUAAACACUUCAGCACACAGGAUGUUAUUAUGUGGUUACUGCUGUUAAGAGUUUAGGUGGAUCAGAGCAACAUCCCUAAAUAAGAAACGCAUUUUCAUUAUCUUUUUGUCUAUAAACAGUUUUUCUAGAACCCAACGAUAUUCAGCUGAUGUAAAAGAGUAAAGCAGCAAAUCCUCACAUUGGAGAAGAAGGAACUAAAGUAUAUUUGUACAUUUUUGCUUUAAAAAAAGUGACUUAAAAUGAAUUGUUGCAGAUUAGUUUCUACCAUUCGACUAAUCGAUUGAAUUCAUUCGACUUUAUUAUUUUUCCAAUACAAAUAAGCCUUGUUUGUAAAUAAUCAAGCCGUAAAAGUAAAAAAAAUUAAAUGUUGAAUUCUUGGUUUUGGACAUUCAGAUCCAACUCUGAGUGUAAAGGAGAUCUUCAGUCUAUGAAUAUGUACUAUUGUUUUCACCAGAGGUUCUUAUAGUAGCUUUACUGGAUCGUAUCACACAAUCUUCCUUCAUUACUCCUUUACAAGUGGGCGUGCUGCCACGGACCCUCAGGGUAGAAACACAAAUCUACUUUACUCAUUAACAAUAACAAAGAAAACCUCAGUGGAAGCAGCAGUUGCCUGUAUUAUUGGAUCUGCACCAACUCACCUGUAAUCUACCUGACGUACUGCGUGUUAAAGUGUUAGCCUCUGUGUCGGACAGAGCUGCUAUGGGAGCAGAUUUUGUUGUGAAGUUUGAGCUGAUGACUCUGAUUCACUACGAUCCAAGUUCGAGCACUCAGAGAGUUUAAAAAAAAAAAAAAAGACUGCUCUAUGCUGAAAUCAUGUGUUUUAAUUAUUCAGUGCAAUCCGGUCCAAUGUGAUGGUCUUCAUGUCUUGAAUUGUCAUUUAAAUUGUAUCAGAAUGUUUCUCUGCAGCACUUUACCCAUCGAGGGGUGGAAGACGAGUCCAGAGGUGUGUGUGUUUGUUUGUUUGUUUGUUUGUUUGAAAGCAGAAUGAGUUCAGGGUCCCAGAGACGACGCUGGAUUACGUAAAUUAAGUAAAUUGAAAAACCACUCAUCGAUCUCCAGGUUCAUUUACAGUUAGCACACGUUAGAUGCAUCAAAUGUUUAGUCCCAAUGUCAUCUUUAGGUAAAUUUAUCUCCUCUACAUUUAAUGCAGCUGAGAAAUCUUCAUCAUCUGUAUUGAAAUAAAAACAAUCUGAGCAAACCUGCUGUGAUACGAAAUAAAAACUGUAUCAACCGAAUGAACAUUUGAUUGAAAAAUAUUGUUUUGAGAGUAAGUAGUGUUCAUUGGAAGAGCUUGUGGCGAACUGUGUGUUUGAUAUAUGGAAGGUUUGAAAUGCCUAAAUAAAGGAAAGAAUAUAUAUAUAUACAUAAAA